GACGACAGCGAGAAAUUGGCUCAUUAAAUUUUGCUUGGUUGAACGUCAAGAUGCGAUGCGAGUAAAAUUGAAACAAAAUUAAGCGGAGUAUACAGGAGUAAACCGAAGGAAAAUAACGCAUAUAAGUUUAACGUUGUGUUGAUAUACAAAAAUAUCAAAUAUCAUGGAAGAAGGGAAUAAGGCGACUGUAGUCAAAGUCCACAAGGUAAUGAUUACACUGCCGAAGGGAAUAACACUGAAAAAUGCACCGCAACACAUUGAUGUUCCCGAGUCAAGCGAAUCACCCAGUAAUGAUACAGGAGGUAUAAAAAGAAAGGCUCCCAUAGUUCGUCAAGCAGGCGAAAUGGUAGUUCCGAAGCAUUUGAAAUCAACAGGGGAGCAACCGGCGGUUUCUCACUCACCCAAGGCAGAAUGGACCAGAGUUGCUCCACCUGGUGUAAGUACAGUCCUGAGAGCAUCGCAGGCGAAUGAGAAAGAUAGUUCAAACGGUGUUUAUGAAAAAGAGGAAGAUGAACAGUUUGUUCUUCCUUUGCCCGAUCUAUCAGCAUCAGAACUCGAUCAGACAGAUUCUUCCAAGGGACAAUUGGAUCGAAUCGAGCAAAAAAUGGAUCGUAUGAUUGCGAUGCUGACAUCUCAUGAAUCUUCUCUCAGUGUAUUGAAGUGUAACGUAAAAGAUUUGAGAGUAGCAGUGCAGAACAUUCCCAAACUACCAUCCGAGGAAUCUUUUGCAGCUGACGUGAAAUCGACAAUAGUGCCGCGGAGCCAAAGGCGAAUAGUCUUCUUUCCGGUCUCCGACGAUGCCUAUCUAUUGCGGCUUGAAGAGCUAGUUCAGUUUGACGAAGGUACGCGGAAUGAGUUAGUUAGUCUCUACCAUGAGGCACCGAGAACAAGCCUGUACGAGUAUAUGCGUAAAAAUGUAUCUUGCUUGUUUGAAAACACAGCUAAAUAUACCUGGACGGGCCGACCACCAAAUAGUGCACCUCAUGGGCCGCCUUCAAAUGCGGCAUACAAAAUGAACCUGAUAGAACUUCUAAUUACUUCCGCUCAUGCAAUGUACCCCAGUGUAACCCGGGACUUUGUCGAAAAAGAAUUCAAACGAGCUCUCACCAAUUUCAACGAAUCCAGGUACAAACGACGCGCCGAUAAAUCUAUUUAGGUUACGUCUAUCGACAUUAUGCGAUAAAAAAGUGACGAAAAAUAAAAUAAGUUUUCACUACAAA